AUGUCGGGUCCUUUUCUUCAGCUCCAGACUCCGAGCAACGACGAGAUGGAGGCAGUGGAAGGCGGGAGCUUGCGAGCGUUGUUUGAUGCGGAUGUGAACAGAGAAGAAAACCCUGUGGCCUCUAUGCGAAGGCGACAAACGGCGUCUUCUGAGGAACCGGCGGAUAUUUUGGUGUGGAUCUUCCUCUUUGCACUCAUGGCUGCUCUCGGAAGCGUGAUUUGCUUGGUCACACGACACUGGCGAAGAGCGAUCGAAGAGCGAAGAAGCCGAGAACGCGCCAGCAGUCUGGGAAUCUCGUCCGAAACCCCGUCCCCCGACCUCUUCGCCGCCAGUGGGCGCGAAUGGGACUCGAUCAUUUGGCACAUCGAAGAUCCCCGGCAGCCAGGAGGAAGCAUGCGGCACCCGGGCGAGGACGGCGAGACGAGUCGCACAGGAGGCAUUUUUGUCACGGGGUCGGGGGGACUUCCGAUCUUGGGUCUUCUCCGCAUUGUCGGCGUGGGGACAGAAGAAAGCGGCGAGGCUCGCGAGGGAGAAAGAAGCCGAGGUCUCUUCUCUCUCCAAGGCGGCGAGGAGAUCGAUGCCUGGUGCGCCGCGACGCCCUACGCCACCUUAUUCUCCGCCGGGUCCGAGGAAGCGAUGGCAGUUGCUGAUCCCGCGGAUCUGCACAAAGUCUCACAAGACGUCAGCACAACAACUGACGCCAUCUCUUCUUCCUCCUCUUCCUCUUCUUCCUCCUCUUCUUCCUCCUCUUCUUCCUCUUCGUCUUCGUCGGCUUCGUCUUCGUCGGCUUCGUCUUCGUCUGCUUCGUCUUCGUCGGCUUCGUCUUCGUCGGCUUCGUCUUCGUCGGCUUCGUCUCCGGAAUUCACCCAGCAGGAGGCGUCUUCGCUCGCGCUCUCUCUGGCUUCCGGUGCCGAUGGAAACGGGAUGGGAUCUUCCGCUGUGGGAGUUUCUUCCGCGGGAGUGUCCGCCCUUGCGGAAGGCUGUGCGGCGCAUGCAGAUUCUUCGCGACCGUCUGACUUGGGUUUUACCGCCAGCACGGCGGUUGCCUCUGCGGAGCGGGAGGAGGGAGUGUGCCCGGAGGGAGGCGCGGGCUUGACUCGAAGAAAGGGUCCAAGAGUAGGGAAUUGUGCGAUUUGCAUCGAGGACUUUGUCCCAACGGCUCUCGUCCGUCGCCUUCCCUGCGGCCAUGUCUUCCAUCGGACUUGCAUUGACUCCUGGUUCAGUCGCUCGACACUCUGUCCGCUGUGCCUCCACGACUACAAGACGGCGUCUCCGAACGCAGCUUCGCUCCGUCCCUCGCUCCUCGCUUCGCCUCCACGGACGCGACAAGGCCUCAUGACCGUUCAGACGUCUUUUCCGUAUUCGGCGUCGAGUUCCUCCCUCUGGUCUCGUCACCGCGCGUCGCUCCAAACGCUCGUCCCCGCCCCGUUUCUUCCUUCCUCUUCGCUCCCCGUCGGAAGGCUUGGAGCGCGGCGCGGGCGGCUAGAACAGGCGAGAACGGUGCGCCUCCUCUCCCUGUCGCAGCACGAACGCGAGGGCGGAAGGCCAGACCGCAUCCGGAGACCUGACGCGCGAGCGUCGCGCGCUUCGAGUCUCGAGAUCUAUCGCCGCACCUCGAGAACGGGCGACCGAGCGACCCUGGUGCCUCUCGCCGGAACGCGUGACACAGACACCCGCGGCCCAGACGGUACAGGGAUGACGCAGGUGUAA